GUUCCUUCUAUAUAAGCGAGCUCAAACUCAAGCUUAUUCUUCAACACAAAAAAUGUUUAACAAAAAUAACUUAUGGCUUUUGCUUUUGCUCUCUAUUUUCUCCCUCAACUUAACCAUUGUCACAAUAGCUUCUGACCCUGAUCCAGUUCAAGACUACUGCAUACCAAACCAAACAUCUGAAUCCAUCAAAAUACACCAUACCUUUCACACCAUUCUCCCAUGCAAAAACUCCUCACAAGUCACCACCAAUGACUUUAUCUUCUCCAACAUGAAAACAUCAGGAAACUUCUCAGAAACCGGCUUAUCCGUAAUACCUGCAAACCCUACAAACUUUCCAGGACUCAACACACUCGGCAUGUCAUUCGCGAGAACAGAUAUUGAAGUCGGAGGAAUCAAUCCACCGCAUUUUCAUCCAAGAGCUACGGAACUUGUUCAUGUGAUUCAUGGAAAAGUUUAUACAGGUUUUGUUGAUUCUAACAAUAUGGUUUUUGCUAGAGUACUUGAACAAGGCGAGGUUAUGGUUUUUCCUAGAGGACUUGUUCAUUUUAUGAUGAAUGUUGGCGAUGAAGUUGUUACCUUUUUCGGUAGUUUUAACAGCCAGAAUCCUGGUUUGCAGAAGAUACCUUCUGCGGUGUUUGGUUCUGGGAUUGAUGAGGAGCUUUUGCAGAAGGCUUUUGGUUUGAGUUCUAAACAGAUUGGAACAAUGAAAAGAAAAUUAGAUCCAAAACAAGAAAGGUAGAUUAGUAGUUUAUGAUAGUCAUGUUGUCCAUUAUUACGUUUGAGUGAUAUAUUACGAUAUAUUACAUAGCAUCGACACUCCAAAUCAAAUAUAUAUCGUGUCUGAGACGUAUCUGAGGUUAUUAACACACGCGAAUGUAUUAGUAUUUGUUUUUACAUGUCAAUGUUGUGUUUGUGUAUGUAUUAGUGUUUUAUAAUAGAUCUUGGUGCUUAUGCUUGAAA